AUGCAAACACAAGUGUAUGAGGGGUUGUGUGGAAAUUCGUUUUCGCUGGCUGAACCACUGAGUCAUAAACCCAAAGUGCUUCUUUUGGACACACUGGCUUUUCUACCUGUCUUUUUCUUGUUUUUCUUUAUUAUGGAUACCAUGGCCAAUAAUGCAACAAGUUUAGGGAGCCCAUGGCCAGAAAACUUCUGGGAGGAUCUUAUCAUGUCUUUCACCGUGUCCAUGGCGAUAGGCCUUGUCAUUGGAGGCUGCAUUUGGGCCCUGCUCGUCUGCUUGUCUCGAAGGAGGGCCAGUGCCCCCAUCUCACAGUGGAGCCCCAGCCGGCGAUCCAGGUCUUCCUACAACCAUGGACUCAACAGAAGUGGGUUUUACCGCCACAGUGGCUGUGAACGUCGAAGCAACCUCAGCCUGGCCAGCCUCACUUUCCAGCGACAGGCCUCCAUGGAUCCAGCAAAUUCCUUUCCGAGAAAGUCAAGCUUUCGGGCCUCUACUUUCCAUCCAUUUCUGCAGAGCCCGCCACUUCCAGUGGAAACUGACAGCCACUUGAUGACACUCCCUUCCUCCAGUGCCAGCCCUGGGGUCAACACAACCCGCAGCCUGGGCCGCCCAGAUUUCCACUGGUCCAGUAACAACGUGCGAAUGGGCUUCUCCACACCACCACCGCCCCCCGCCUACGAGUCCAUCAUCAAGGCUUUCCCGGAUUCCUGA